AUGGAUUGUUGGUUCGCAGUGGAAGUCGCCGCUUUGUGCCUCCAGUCGAAGCAGGCACGUGACACUCUCCUUUGCGCUGCACGGGACGGAAGCUUAGCAUCUGCCCUGCAAGAAGCACGUGAGGACCGCCAACGUUGUAAACCAUCAGAACGAGGCCAGAUGCGUGAGUCGGAGCCCUCAAAGCCAGAUGUGGAGCUCCUUCGCCAGGAGGCGCGUGAUACACUGCUCCGGGCCGCCGGUGACGGCCGCCUGGCCGCUGCAUUCCGAUCUGUUCGGGAGGCAUCCAAGGUCGCCCAGGAGGCCAAGAAGGCUCAGAAGGGCGAGGAUCUUGAGAAGCUACGCCAUGAGGCUGCCCAGGCUCUGGUGGCAGCCGCACAAAAUGGAAAGCUUGCUGAGGCCCUUUCAAGCCGCAAGCCUGAGGUUGACUUGGAGGCUCUUCGCUUGGAGGCCCGCUCCACGAUGAUCCGUGCCGCCCAAGAUGGCAGUCUGCGGGAGGCACUGCAGGAAGCUCGCGUGGACACCCUUCGAGCUGAGGCUCGAGACCGGCUCUUGACAGCUGCCCGCGACGGCCGCCUUGCUGCGGCUUUGCAGCGUAAGCCAGCGGUCUCCGAGGACAGAGCGAGCCUGGAAGAGAUCCGUGAGAAGGCCAAGUCGGCCUUGCUCAAAACGCUGGACACUGGUGAUUUCCAGAAGGCCAUGGAGUCAAUCCGCCAGAAGCGCGAGACCAAGGCUCCUGCCAUCGUCGAGUCAAGACCUUUCCACCUCUGUCCCUCCGUUGGGACCUGGCUCCUGCCGCCGCAGUUUCAGGUGCAAGCGCCUGCACAGCCUCAACCAGUUGAACAAGCUGUCGAGGAGCAGCAGGUCUGCGCUGCCGCAGUGCCAGACCGGCCAGCGUCACCGACAAGGGCGAUGGGCCGCACGAAGCGGCGUAUCAUCGGAGCUGUCGUUCGGGUACCAACCGAAUCUUUGCCUGUGGAUCCGCAGCCUCCUGCAACGUCACCCAAGUCGAACCGUCCUUGGGUCAUGGCUGGUGCUCCUGCUGCUGGCCUCCGCACCAAGGAGCCGCUCGCUUUCCAGAUGGAUGAUGAUUCCAGUAGUGAGGGACAGAGCGGUGGUCUGGUUCGAAAGUCGAGCAUCACGGCCAUGUUUGAAGCAAUGGGCAGCACCCAGCUGUACCGCAUGGAUACACUUGAAGACGACAAGGCUCCGUCGAGGCCAAGCUCCAGCAUCAAGCUAGCCACACCUGGCAUGUUCAAGUCUGCAUCCGCCGGUUCUGUCUCGGCCAUGGCUUUGGACAUGGGCCUUCCAGCCACACCGCUUUCAAUGGAUGUGAGCUCCAAGAAGGAACGCCUUGGAACGCCUGGAAUGGGCUCUCGCUGCUCUUCAGUGGGCGCUCUGCGCUCUCUGAGGGCCAGCAAGUCUGUUAAGCAGGGCGGCAUGCUUCCUUUCCUGAACAAGCCCAACUCCGCGAUUGACUGGUCUGUCAGCCAUGUUCAAUCCGUGAUGUGCGCGACUAAGAGUUGCUCAUUCAACGUCGUGCAUAUGCAUUUCCCGGAUAUGCCGGUCGGGGGCAGGGACCGAAACUGGCUUUGCACUGAGCGGACGUUGUUACUCUGUGCAUGA